CUACUUAGGCUGGCGCCGCAAGCGCAUCGUCGUGGAAAACUGCUGGGCGUGCAGCAGCGCGGCCGCAAGCUCUACGGCGGCAAGCCCUUCCCCCUCCUCUUUUAUUUUUUUAUUCCGAGCCUGGCCGCGGCUUGAAACAGCAGCCCGUCUGGACUACGACCCGUGCGGCAACCUCGAGCAGCAGCGACUGCCGGCUUGGAAUAAGGGUGCUGUGUUGUGCGUUUGCGACGCCGAGCGAGCGGGUUCUCGGUUUAGGCCUACGGCCGCUCUCGCAUCGUCCGUUGCCCGGGAUUUGGUGUGUGUCCUCGCGCGGCGAGCUACUUCGUCGAGCAGCAGCGUCCGGACCCCUUCGCCUCUGGGUGUCAGGAUUCCGAGUACGAAUGCCUACCCGGGUCGCUCGGUGUGGAGGCGCCGUCCGGCGACCCGAUGCUCUCUGAGCUGCAGCUGCAGCCGCUGGGGCGCCGGUCGGCGGCGGCUGCCCCAUCCUCGGACGAGGUGGCCUCCAUGAAACCCAUGCUGCUGCAGGCCGCCCAGGGAGCCGGGGGCCUGGCCGCCGGCUCGCCGCCCGCGCUCUCGCCCAACCUGCCCAGUGUGGUCAAGGUGGAACCCCGGCUGCCGAGCCCGUGCGUGGGCGGUGCGGCCAGCGACGGGGUGCCUCAGAAGCGCGUGCGCCAGGAUGACGCCGGUGCGUGGAUCUCGUCGCCCUCGUCGCAGAUGUCGGUCGGCUCGCUGUCCCCGCCGCCGCCGCUGCUCAACGGGCUGGCCAACAGCAGCGGACUGUCGCCCGUCUCGUGCUCCAGCUACGAGACGUACAGUCCGCGCGGACCCUGCAAAGAAGAGAUGAGCCCUAGCAGCGGGGGUGGUGGCAUGAAUGGCUACUUUGUGGACAGCUUUGGAGACCCCAAGAAGAAGAAGGGUCCCGCGCCCAGGCAACAGGAGGAACUCUGUCUCGUCUGCGGCGACAGGGCAUCAGGCUACCAUUACAACGCACUUACGUGUGAGGGUUGCAAGGGCUUCUUCAGGCGCAGCAUCACAAAGAAUGCGGUCUACCAGUGCAAGUACGGCAAUAACUGCGACAUCGACAUGUACAUGCGGCGCAAGUGCCAGGAGUGCCGUCUCAAGAAGUGCCUCAGUGUUGGAAUGCGACCAGAAUGUGUGGUGCCGGAGUACCAGUGUGCCAUCAAGCGAGAAUCUAAGAAGCACCAGAAGGACCGGCCCAACAGCACAACACGAGAGAGCCCCUCGGGGCUGAUGGCGCCAUCGUCCAUGGGCGGUGGUGUGAGCCCCAGCAGCCAGCCAUUGGGUGGUGGAGGCAACUCUCUGGGCAGCAGCAGCAGCAACCACGAAGAGGAUAAGAAGCCCCUGGUGCUGAGCCCAGGUGUCAAGCCUCUCACUUCAUCUCAGGAGGACCUCAUCAACAAGCUAGUCUACUACCAGCAGGAGUUUGAGUCGCCUUCUGAGGAGGACAUGAAGAAGACCACGCCUUUCCCUCUGGGAGACAGUGAGGAAGACAACCAGCGGCGAUUCCAACACAUCACCGAGAUCACCAUCCUAACAGUGCAGCUCAUUGUGGAGUUCUCCAAGCGGGUCCCCGGCUUUGACACAUUGGCACGAGAAGAUCAGAUUACUUUGCUGAAGGCUUGCUCCAGUGAGGUGAUGAUGCUGAGAGGUGCCCGAAAGUAUGAUGUGAAGACGGAUUCUAUCGUGUUUGCCAACAACCAGCCGUAUACUAGAGACAACUACCGCAGUGCCAGUGUGGGCGAUUCAGCGGAUGCCCUGUUUCGUUUCUGUCGCAAGAUGUGUCAGCUGCGAGUGGACAACGCAGAAUAUGCACUCCUCACAGCCAUUGUCAUCUUCUCUGAACGGCCAGCACUGGUGGACCCGUGCAAGGUGGAGCGCAUUCAGGAGUACUACAUUGAGACACUGCGCAUGUAUUCGGAGAACCACCGACCCCCGGGCAAGAACUACUUUGCCCGGCUGCUGUCCAUCUUGACAGAGCUGCGCACCUUGGGUAACAUGAACGCCGAGAUGUGCUUCUCGCUCAAGGUGCAGAACAAGAAGCUGCCACCGUUCCUGGCUGAGAUUUGGGACAUUCAAGAGUAGUAGUGGUGGGGGUGAAGGGGUGACUGUACUGGGCUCUGCUGUGGACUGCCUGCAAGUGGCCCAUCUUCUGGCACUGCCACAAUGUGUAGGCGUCGUACGUCUCAUUGUCAACGCUACUGAAAACACGGCUUUGGCCAACCUUCUGCUUUCCACACUGUCAACCAUGUGCAUGUUUGACCUAGUUGGUGAUCCGCUGCUGCUGCUAAAGCAUAAACGUCGGGGACAAAGCGCCAACUUGUAUUUUUCGUCCCUCGUCUUUGACGUUUGUGCUAUAGUAACAUCUGUCAGCCAUGCUUGCUGCACCGUUUGUGUGCCGGAUGUAGGUCAGCAAAUGCAACAGGCCAGCUUCACAAUGGUUUCUGAAAGAACCAGGUGAAAUCAGUCCGGUGAGGGCAAGCACAUCAUUAUUUUAUUAUCAGUCGUGUGUUUGCACUUCUUAGAAGGCUACUUUUCAUUCUUGUCAAAACAAAAAUGAUUCUUUCCUGCUAAUGCAGAUUGAUCUCCUUGCUUUUUAUGAUACUAAUUAUUAUCUCUAAUGCAUUGGUCAUUAGUACUUUAGAACUUCUCAAGGGGAAUGGUCUUUUUAUUUCACUUUGCACGCUUUAUCUUGUCACUGACAACCAGCUCAUCAUGAACAGCACGAGGAGCGGGUUCGAUUGGCAGCCACAGCAUCGGUGUUUCGAUGGGAAUUAUGAUACGUGGAAAUAUGCGUCACUAAGAUUAUGGGGUGGAGUAAAGAACUCCAGGUUGUUAUUAACGAUAGAUUGAGGGUCCCCAGAAUGGCGUGCCUCAUAAUUCUGGUUUUUGCCAGUAUAACCCUAAGAAUUCAGUUUUAUUCGUUUGAGGACUUAAAUGAAUUUGCUGUAGAAAGUAAUAAUGAGACAAUAACUGAAUCGUGGCAUAAUUUUAUCUGUAUUUUAUGCAUGUUUUAUGGCUCGUAGUUUAUUGCUCCUGAUAGCGCGUUGAUUACUAAGGUUUUGAUAUGUGUUAAGGAACAGCUGAUGUUCAAUCAGUAGGCCCCACCCAAUCACUCAGUCAGCGUCAAACUGGGCUGUGAAAGCUCAUCAGUUUUUUACUUUAUUGUGCUUUCCUUAUCUCACUGCGUUUCUUCAAUGGUUUCUUGAAAUUACCGGUGAUUUUAUUGGCUUCCAUAUAAUGCCGGUAUAGUUCAUUGUGGCAACAUUGACAUGCUUUUUCAAUUAUUGUAAGAACAGGCUCCUGAAUUUUGUUGCAAGAGAAACUGCAUGUCAAGCACGACAAAAGGGUAGCAUGGCUGACAGUGUGGACGUGAUGCCCGAUCCGCGUGCUUGACCGACUACAGGGGUUACAUUGGGGCGGCUGCGGCUUCUGUCCAGACUUGGCAUGCUAUGACGGCAUCACGCGGACCGCAGAGCCUGAUUGUAGUUCUAAGCUGGGAAUCGGAUCCUGUUGGUCUGGCCAGCAGCUCUUUCCUUUUUAUUAUAGUUUUUUUAGUGUACAUUUUUGUUGCAGUGACUAACAGCUCCAGAAGGGCAUUCUUGAGUGUUGCGGGGAGGAGCGCUGGUGAAGGAAAAGGGCGAACAAUAAUGACCGGAACUCACAGCAGGCCCUCUCGCACCAUUUCUGGCAGGUUUUGCUACAUGUGGUGAAAGCCAUUGUUUGAAAGCUGCAGUGCAUGUGUGUUGUAAUGAUCCAUGGCGUGGUGAAAAGGGGACUCUUGCAGAGGGCAUGCAUGAUGUGCACUGCCACCACAUCCCCCCUUUAGUGCUUGCCUCUCUGGCUGCAUGGUUGCGUUUGAUAGCUUGUAGUACCACCACUACCUACUGUUGAACCCACAGUCAAGUGCCUUAACAUAGUUUGAGAAAGGUUUGUCCUGCUCCUUUUGGGUUAGUGUGUAACUCUGUAACCUGUGCAGCCAGUGACCGUGCGAGAGGGCCACAGUGAUGCCAGCAAAGCGUAGUUGGCCACUCUUUCCUUCCCCACCCCUUCCCGCCUCUGGGCAGACGACAUUGGCAGCGCCACGAAGGCCAGGGCAGCUGUGGUCGCUUGCAGUGGCAGGGAUGCCUCGCUCUCGCUGCAGAGAGGUGGCUGUGAGUGAGAUAAACGCACAAACUUUGACAAUUGUACAAAUGUCGUCCCCUUCCAUAUGGCAAGGGCAUUGUUCUUUUAUUUGUCCUUUUUUUAUUGCCUGGUUUUCUUUUUUUAAGGGUGUUUUUUGUUUGUUUGUUUCUAUGUGUUAUUACAAUGGGUGCAUGUACAUAGCGAUGUGUAAUGCUUGGCACAGUCGGCAGAGAUGGGGGAUGAUGGCAUCUUUUAGUGCUCGCUUGGUACCGGUGAUUUGAAAGGGGGUGUGGAGCACCCCCAAGAACAGAAGGAAAAGAUGCCAGCAGCAAGGGAAAGAAGGACUGAGCAGCCCACCACCAGACCGCCAUAACAUAUUUUUUGGGAUUCAAAGCGGUUUACGAUCUCAGUGUUUCACAAAACCACCUGGCAGGUAGCAGCAAAGAAAAAUGGAUGAAAAAAAGAGACUGCAAAUGCAUUAACCAUGACUGCUUCAACUUGGGACGUUGCCGGCAACGAAACCAGUGGACCUACGGCAAAACAUCGAGCGUCAACCUUGUGUGUAUAUCUGUGCUUGUCUGUGCUUGUAGUGUGUGGUUGUUGGACUUGCACAGACUAUUAUGUGGAAUGCCUAUGAGGAACUUGUGGCAGUGGGUUACCCCGACCCUCUGCCUUCACUUCCGAAUCUCAGUGGAUGUAAGAGAAGCCAAUAUAUCAAGCAAGAGGAAGCACCUGGGAGUAUAGAAAAAAAAUUUAAAUAAAUACUGGCGAAGAAUCAAUGGCGUGAGUGAGACACACAACAUAUUUGCAGGCGGUGCUGCUUGAUUCCUUCUUUUUUAUUAUUAUUAUUGUUUGAGUGCCUUUUGUUAUUUCUUGCUGUCGCGAUGCAGAUGAGACUAACCAGGUGUAGUGUGAAGGCAUGUUGAUCUUGUACAUGUUGUAAGAGUGCUUGAUUACUUCAACUUGCUUUUAUUCUCCUUUUCCUUCUGUUCAUCUUUCCAUGUGGGUACUGAGCGAAUUGCAUUUCUCUAUUAUGUGUCUUCGCCUUGGCACUUGUGUGCUCGCACAAGUGCCGCUAUUGCCAAGGCACCAAACGUUGGGCACAGCCCAUUUUCUGCCUUGGUGUCGCCCCAGUGUCACGUGCACACCACGCACACUGCUCGCAGCCUGCCUGGGCGCGCAAUGGAAGGCAGCUUCUGUUACGCACUUGGGGAAACAAGGGAAGCAGCAAAUCCCAAAUCAUCCCAUUGGAAUCAUGCCAGCAAGCAUGCACCUUUCGCUCGACGCUUGCCCGCUAUGCUUUGGCAGGGCUGAGCUGCUACAUUUGUUUCCUGUCUGCUACAGACCCGUGUACCUGACUGUCGUACGAAGAUCACGAUCUCUGCACUGACCAUUGGAGCUGUUCUGCACUCUUUGUUGCUUCCCCUUGUUUCCCCGUAAUUAAGCCAUGGGACACGUGCUGCUGUGAGCCCAGUGGCCGAGCGGUUUGGGGUUUGGACGGCAUGCACUGCCGUCUAGCAGGGUCCCGCUCUGUAAGGGAUAUUUAUUGCUGUCAAGUGGUACAGUGCUGAAUGCUUUUGUUGCGGGCACACAGGGGUAGAUACCAGAGUUGUUUUUAGGGCUCCCCUGGAUAAUGUGUGGAAGCGCCUUUCUAGAAACCGGAAAACAAAAAGGAACUCGGUAUCCAUAAGUAUAUUGAUGUACUAUAGAUGAUAUAUGUCGCUAACCAUGGAUGCCUCAUUUCAUGAGUGAGCCAUGAAUAUGUCUGCCGCGGAGAAUUGCUGGUUUCCAAGCAGUUACUUCCUUCCUACAUGCAAGGUACCGCCCCUUGCUUCUCCCUCGUUGUUUCUUGAGCAUGCAAACCUUAGCUCUAUCUUAUUUUCUUCUGACAACAUAACACUCUAUCGUACGAACGAGUUGGACCGAGUGUUCAGGACAAAGUAAGACUUGUAAAUACCGCCUGCCAUUUCAUGUCCCCUGUACAGUGAGUGACUGGUGGAUGCGGAGUAUUUUGUGUGUGGACAGGCUGUUUCUGGUGACCUCAUCGUAGCUGGCGUUUCCUUGCUGCACAUUGUCUAAAGCUGGCAGUGCCAUCUUUUUGGUUUCUUUGUUUAUAGAGAGUCAUUUGAGCAGGAUGAAGGUUAUCUGAGGAAAGGACGACAAAAAAGGCCGACAUUGUGGAUGUGUGACCAGACAACAUUGCUAGGUUAGACCGUGCAACACUCCGCAGGCAAAAAAAAUUAAAGGGGCAGUGAAAUUCUGUGCCUUGACCAAAUAUAGAUGGCCUUUAUUUUUUUGCCGAGACCUAUGGUGCUAAGACUGAGAUGGAAAUGUUACAACCGUGGAAUACGAACGGGUAUCCUCAAGCUCAAGUAAAAAAAAAAAAGUAUUAUUCCUCCGUUGCCUGCUUGGUAAAAAAAAAAAAAGAUAAGCAGGGAUCCUCUCGCCACCAACCACACUUGGGUUUCCGUCCAGUGAUCGUAGCUCUUAUCCUCUUUUCUGCCAUAUAGAGCUGCCAGCAUCUUUGCCACUGCCACAGUAAUUAAAACGUAACCAUUCCCAUUACCGGUCCCAACUGUUACGUACAUCUUCAUGACAUUGCCCCUGUCAUGCCCCUGCGAAGGCUUUGUGAAGCCUUCGAAGGCUUCACACAUUGCCUAGUGAAGGCUUUGAAAGGUGGCAAGCUAGUGGCUGCGACGAGCUGAGCCAUCCCAUCUUCGCAGUUCUCUCAAUGUGGCAGUUAUUCAAGGCACACUCUGCAGCACUCUGGCUGUUGGCAGCUGUUGAACACGACUUAUUUUUCUUGCACUGUAAUGAAAUGCACAAACACAAAAAAGUGUCUUUGUAUGCAGCUCGUAAUAUAGUAUAGAAGAUUGCUGCGCAGAAAACGAGACAAUACUAUUAAGGCAAAUGCAGGUCAAAUGCCAAAAGCAAGCUUUGGUAGACAAUUUUACCGUGUAGGUUAUGCUUGUAACUUGCUACAACAUACGAAAUUGGCGAACAAGGGCUUGUGCCAGCUAAUUGCAGUGUUCAUUACACAAGAAGACAUGAAAGUGCACAGACUUGCUAAUUUCUCAUUUGCUUAGAGUAAGCAGCCUUCUGAAGGCUCUGCUGAAGAACUGCAAAUGCCCAGCUAAAGUGUGCAUUUGUUAUUGCAAGAAAAAUGAAAAAAAAAAAAAACGCUGGUGCAUUCAAUGUUUUGGUGAAUGUUAAAUUCAGAUGGCUAAUUCACCUCCCAGUACAGCCCGAUCUGCUGGCCUAAACAUCGAUAUGGGAUCUGCAGCAUUGUCAUUUUAAGGCCAUGCUGUAAAACUUGAUUGUGGCAUUUGACGUGCGUAGGCCAAGUGAAUAUCAGCAGCGACAUUUGGAGCACAAACUAUGCGACAACUGCAAGUGCCUGGACGAUAGAGUGGUUGUCUAUUUCAAACUACUAAAGACAGAUAAACUACGAUAUUCGCUAAUAUUUUUGCCGAGACAUAUUUUGCAGAUUACAGAGACCCAGUGUGUCAGAACUGCUCAGGAGAGUCGCGGUUGAAGACCGAGCUUGCAUGCGUGCUUGCUUCCUUCUGCUUUCGGCUAGACAAUCGAGUUCCCCUGCAGUAUAGGAUGCUUGGGAACCAGCAGUGCUUCCGGCAGGCAUCCUCUUUCCCUUUUCGUCCCUGGUGUGCAAGUGGCUCGCGGCUUCUGUAGCAUUCGCCAGCGGGGGCAGCAGCCACACUGCCUCGCGUUCCCCGUCUCUUAGGGAGGUCGCUUUUUGCGACAAGCCGGGCUCUUGUGAUGUGUUUUUUUUUUUUUCCACGCGGAGGGAGGUCACUCCCUGCCUUCGUGCACCUUCAUCCCUGGGAUGCCGUCGACGUGCUGUUAGGACUUUUGUGUCCCCCUAUAGUUGUCUUUGUGAACUUGUGUGUUACAGAGCUGUCUUUUUUAUUUUUUGUUCAUGUUGGCCUCCUAAGUGAUGCUGUGAUUUUCCUUGUUUGGUUUUGCCUUUUUCAUCCCCGGGGAUCGCACAUGUUCCUCCUGGCUGACCUCUCGUAUGUAGUUUUUUCCCAGUUGCGUUUCACUGGGAUGUCGUACUGCCUGUUCCUCGUCUGUCGGCUUCUACGCGCCUUCUGGCACCUAUCGAGUAGCGUGCGUCUGUUGACUCCUAAUUUAUUUCGCGCGGCUUACUUUGUUUUUGUCUCCUCUCUCUCUCUCUCUUGCCUCAAGACUGCCUUCCACCACCUCCCCUGCAUACAAGAGUGAUUUAACGACCCCCACCCUCUCCCUAUGGACCCCCUUCACAACAAAAUUCUUCCCCCGAAGAAUUGCUGUCUGGGGCUUAGAAAUCGCCUUCAGAAGGUUAAGGCAUGCAGUGAGAAUGCUGUCUAUGGGAAUCGAAUCUGGCUGUCGGCCGGAUGCAACUGAUUUCCAUGUCUAUUCUUGGAGAAAUUAUUUUGUGAGGCCGCCAACCUUGGCUGCAGGAGGGGCAGAAAAAAAAACGCAGAAGCAACUGUCAGUUAUUUUUCAUAGACAUGCUGGAGUGAACAUACAGACGCUAUAAUCGGGGUGUAACUAACAAUGCUUGUAUAUAGUCAACACUGUUUAUACUUAUGGAGGAGAGAGAGGGCUGAAUAAGUUAUGUUUGUUAUGGACUUUGUGCAAAUUUUUUUGUUUCUGGAGCUCCUUUCUUGCUGCGGAGCCAAUGCGCACAAGGGGACACAAGUGGGUUGUUGUGCGCUCAGGUCUGCUACUGUUUUUUGUUGUACAGAUUGUAUCUUUUUUGCAAUGUUCUAUAUUUUUAAAAAUUAAAAAUCCUUGGCUCGAUUUAUCAUUACCAAAAA